AAAAGACAAGAGUUCAUAGAUGGUCACUCUCACCUGUAACUGUCCAUCACCGUGAGCACCAGCCUGCGUGAAGGAUCUGAUUGGCUAGUUCCUUCUGACGUCACUGGACACCAUGCAGCUGUAGGCGGAACGCACCGCGGAAUUCCCGAAGUUCCCAACUUUGGACGCACGAACGCAUCGAAAAGAUUUAAACAAAGACGGACGUGGAGAGAAGGAUUUUCUGAAAUUGCAGUUUAUAAAUACGGUAUGAUCAUUUAAGGACUGGAAUGCGCUACAGUUCAGGGCCAGGGCCGUCCAGAAGCCUUCCCCUGUGUGAGGAGUGUGUACAGUGUGAGGCACUGCGGCUCUUAGCGGAAUAAUCCGCUUUUCACGCUGUUUCUGUGUCAGAUAUAAAGCAGUUUUCGUAGAUAGAGCGUAGGAAUUUUAUUUAUUUAUUUUAAUCAUAAUCACAUAUUGCCACUGACAUGACAUUUUUAAAUUAAUUUGUUAGCUGCAUGUUUAGCUAACUCAGUGCUUUGGGUGUAUUUCUGAAGAAGCUUAGGGAACAUUUAGUAAGAUAUUGUUGGCUGUUUAAUAAAAACAUGGCCGGCUUUCAUUCUCGUUAAAGGUUAAAUAAGAGCCAGCUGGCCUUAGGGUGCUUACAUCUUAAUAAUAAUAAUAAUAAUAAUAAUAAACAGUGGGUCGUGCAUUGUAUUUUCAGUUCUUUCCCGUAUGGCUUCUUAAGUCGCCCUUUGUUGUUGGUGGUGUUAUUUAUCCGGACCGUUUCUGAAAUCUGUUCUUUGCGUUUUACAGCUGAAACGCCGCCUUAAUGUUUCUUUUUAAUAACACUGCUAUUAUGAUAACCUGCGCCUCCAUCCACCGUGUCAUUGUAUCCCAGAAUGCUAAACGCUCGUGACGUUUGCGCGUGCACUCGGUAGGUUACGUCACUGUCGUGGUCAGGGCAAUAAUAUUGCUGCGUUCGAAUUACCUGGGAAGUGGGAAGUAGAAACAUCCCUUUACAAUUACGUCAUUUUCGAGGUUAUAACUCAUUCAAAGGUAAGAAAUGUUACUGGGUUUACGUGCUGUGAGCAGUCAUGUUGAUUUGACGUCACUCCCUGAACUCGGAGUUGAGGAGACCCGCCUUCUUUGGUUUUUAAUAGUCUGAGCUCGGAAAUUACGAGUCACGACUUUUGGUUAGAUGCAGCCUUUAACCCCAGCGAGAGCUGGGAAAAUAUCUUAAUUAACGUAUUUUGCAGUUGCUGAGCCGGCCACACUGAAGUGAUGUCGGAUAACAGCACCGGCAGCAGCGGCUCAUCCAGUAACAGCUGGACUCUCCUCUCUCCUGAGGAGGCUGCCACUGAUACUGCUGGGCCAGUAGAUGAUGGAACUGAGAGUAUUGGUGAUGUACCAAGCCUUUCAGAGGAAGUUGCAGGAAGCUCUUUUGAGGUGAAGCCAAGUGAUAGUGAAGCUCCACAGGAGACUGUCUUGUCAGAAGAGGGCCACCAGGUUUGCCAAGAAACAUCCCCAGAAUUAUUUGAUGAGGGAGCAGUGUCUGGUCCAAGUGUUGAGGAUGAUCCUGAGAUUUGCGCACCAGUCAUCCACGCUACUAUCACAACCUCCCCACCAGACAAUGAUCUGCUUGGAGCAGUUCCCUUUAGCCUAGCUACUGAGUCAUCCCUCUUUCUUUCACAGGGGCCUUUCCUUGAAACAUCCUAUGAAGAGUCUUUAUCUGACGUACUCCCUACCUUUGAUUUUUCACCCAAACAAUGUCCCGUCCCUGAAGUUGUAGCUGAAGCCACACCUGAAUUUGUGGAUAAAAUUGGCCCUGCCUCAGAACCUACAGCCGAAGUUGGUCCUGCCUCAGAACCUACAGCCGAAGUUGGUCCUGCCUCAGAACCUACAGCCGAAGUUGGUCCUGCCUCAGAACCUACAGCUGAAAUUGGUCCUGCCUCAGAACCUAAAGCUGAAAUUAGCCCCGCCUCAGAAUGUACAGCUGAAAUAACCCCAUCCCCUGAGCCCCUAGAGUCUUCUUUUUCUGAAGUUACUGCAGAUGUAUGCCUUGUCUCUGACAUUAGUCAUACCUCUGCCAUCCCUGUGUUAGAUAUUCACACUGGGGUAAGCUCCCACCCUGAAAGCUCAUCUCCUAGUCUGUCUUCUGAAGUUAAUUUUAGCUAUGCAGCUGAGAGCCCUUACCCAGAAACACCUGCUUCCUUGGUCUUGGAAGAGAAAGAGCUUGUAACUGACACAGAGGAACAUAAAUCCAUAUAUGUUGCAAGGGAUGCAGAAUCUCUUGGCACCGAUGUGCCGAUUGAACACCAAAGAGAGGACAGUGGACUGCGGCAGCGACGUGUGCACUAUCCUGAGGAGCUGAGACAGAGCUCGGAUGAGGAAGAUGGGGAGGAAACAGAGUUUAAGCUACAAGACAGGAAAGAAGAGAAACCUGGCUUAUCGAUGAGUCACCUGAUCGUAGGAGCUCUGGCACUGUUGUGUCUAGGCUCUUUUUUUUUCUCUGGUACCAUUUUCGACCAAGCCGGUGAUGACUUUGAUGGCUCAGAGUUAAGUGACAAGGAACUUCUUGAAAAACUUGUUGAAGAAAACAAGCAGAUUUCCAUACUGGAGGCCCAAAUACAGGCACAGAAGGAAGAAUUGGACAGGGCAUUGAGGGCAACUGCAGAGAAAGGAAUCACUGACAAAGAACAUGCUAGGAUGAAAGAGGAAUUGUCUGCAUUGCCAAGCCUGAAAGAAGAAUUAGAGACACUUAAAACUAGGGUCUCUGAGCUCACCCAACUCACAGGUGAGGAACCCUCAGAACCUUCUCCUGGUUUUUCUGGAGAAGGUCAAAGUCCAGCAGGGCCUGACAGACGGUGGGGGAAAAAAGAUGAGCUCAAGAGACAAAAGAUUCUCUUGGAACAGAGUAAAACAAGGUUGGAAGGAAUGAAAAAACAGGACUGGCCCAAGAAGUGGUUACGAGAAAGACUGGUUGAGAUGCAGCAGAGAUUAUCAGAACAGGUGGACCGCAUAGGCAAGAAAGAUGAGUGGAGGAAGAAGCACAAAGGAGGGGAAAAUAGGAAAAAUGAGUGGGGUGACAGUGUCCAAAGGCACAAAGAGCUCUUAAAAAAGUACAGUGACGAGUGGGAGCAUAAGAAGGCCGAGAGGAAGCUGGAGAGAGAGAGGAGGAAGCAGGAGAGGUCUUGGCAGGCCAAGCAGAAGCAUGAUCAUAAAUUGCACCAGCACCAUGAAUCAAAGGACUUCUGGAAACAUCAAGAGAAGAAGCUCAGGAGAAACCAAAAUCCUCCUGAACACUGCCAUGAUGUGUCAGACUGCGCUGAAGCAGAAGGCCUCGUUCGUGUUAAGCUGUCUGAUUUUCGGGGCCUCCUGGACAUCUACCUGAACAAAUUGCAAGGGCUCAGUGCGGAGAAUAAGGAAGCUUUCCAUCAUCUUGUUGCCAAGUUUUUCCAUGGUGGCAUCUUCAGCCACGACAGAAUGCUCUUCAGUGAGUUUGCAGAAGACGUGGCCGACAUCUUGGAGGACCUGGCGGAUGUUCUGAUGGACGAUGAUGUGCUGGAGGAGGAGAUGGAAGAGUUUGAGAGGGAGGUGCUGUGGCAGUUUGCUGCGUAGAGCAGCAAGUUGGAGCAGUACUGAGGAGGAUAGCACAUGAGCCAUAUGACGUAAAUAAAAGAUGCCACAUGAUGAUGAGUAGUGAGCAAUUCUCUCACUAUACAUAAUUCAUUUCCCCAAGCUAUAUGACAGUAACAGUAAUAUGCCUAUAGUAUGAGGAGUGUGUUUCUGGAGUCUUUUAUAAAGUUCUACCAGUAAUUUGGAUGGAAAAAACCAUCACACCAACAUGAGAGGUCUGAGAAAUAAAACAAGUUUCCCCAAGCUACAUGUACUAACUGCAGUAUGCUUGUAGUGUUUGUAAGCGGCAUGUUUCUGGAGUCAUUUAGUAAAGUGUCUUCUGUGUGAUGGGUGUCAUACACUACAAUAACAUAUACUAUUGUUCUUAAAAGCUACAACCCUGGUUCUUGCUUACUGUGUAAAGCAGUAGUUAACUUUAACAGUAAAUUGUUGCUUUUUGCUGUCAAUUAAAAUAAAAUCAUCCUCAGUACAUAACAGUUCUGUUGACCCAAAUAGUGAAUAUGUUAAGCUGCCCUGGGCUACAAUAUAAGACACAGAUGAAGGAAUUUGUGUGUAUGUAUUUGUCCAUUUGCUUUGGACAACCUUUCUGUACCUGUUUACACUCACACCAUAGAAUCACUGACUGCUCAAGUGCCAAACUGGUUUCUGUCCUGCGUACAUAUGACCUUCUCAGCACGACAUUUUAGAGCUUUUUAAGUUUUGUUGUGAAGCUUUUUUUUUCUACUUUGCAUGCUAGCACUUUUAAUUGCUGAACUGAUAUGAAAAGACAGUAACAUGCUAUCUUCACCUUUAUGAGUUUGAAUAUCUGCACAUCAGAACAAAUUCAAGAAGUUCAGUUAACAUCUGUGCUGCAUCUUACUGACGUACAUUGUCAGCUUUGUGCAUUGUAAGUUACAGAAGUAAUUAUCUGAAGACAUGUUUUUGUUUUGCUGUUGUGCCUUUUGUUGUUUAAGUGAGAUGCUGGGUGUCAAAUUAAGCCUCCCAAGAUCUCACUUACAAGGAGUUAAAGAUAUUUUAGAUAAUUAUUUUUGUCCCUGUAAUUGGAGCCUGGUUAUUUAUUUUUUGUUUGUCUCUUCUUCCAAGCUGAAGAAAAUGUCUGCCAUAUUAAAUCUGCAAAUCAGUUUUUCAGUCUUUCUUUUUGCACUACAAUGAAUGAUUAUGUAUAAAUUGAACUUUUUCAGAGCCAAACUGUAAUUGUAAAAACAUCACUAAAAUUGGACCAUGUUAAUACACUACAGUUUAGGACACAAUCCCAUGUCAAUGGUAACCUCUUUCAUGUAAGAAAUUAAUUUAUGAUCAUGCAAUGGCUGGCCUCGGACAAUAAAUUAUAGGUCACUAUGAAUGGUUUUAAAUAUGAAUAAAAUUAAUAAUAUAUUCCAUCAGGAAAAUAUAUUACUUUAAACUAGAUUUUUUUAGAUGCAUCAUUGCAUCUAAAACACUUAGGACUAUUAUAUUGUAUUAAAUGCUUAUAGUCUGCUUAUGAUCUGUACAUGUUAAUAAUCUGCCAAUUAAAAGAGUGUCACUAUGGAA